CGGUUGUUGCCACAAAAUUAAGAUUCGGUAUUGUCAGAUACUUUUCCAACGUUGUUAACUUUAUUCCUUUCUAUUUAUCAUUUAUAUUUACUAUGUCGCGGCAGCAGAAGUCGAGCGUGUUUUUUAGUGAGGGCAAUGAUUGCAUGGCGGGUAUGAAAACAACAACACAGGAUGCCCUGGAAAGCGGUGCAAUAAAACAUUCAGCGCGUCCAGAAACAUUGAGAAAAAUUGUGCAUUUCCGUUCCCUCGAGUCGAAUCAAUAUUCCGCAGAUGACACUUUUGUGUCCAGAGAUCAAAACCCACUUAUUUCUAGCUAUUCAAAGGACUACACCUGGUCUUCACAUAGUUCUACAUUGCGAAAAUGUGUACCCGAAAACGACUUAGCUGAUCCGGACUUCUUCUUCUGCCGCCGACCUGUCAACCCAUUCUACAGCAUAUCCUCGAGCCAAUUCAAAUUCAUGGAUGAUCACCACACGAAAGAGUUUGAAACCGAGCAUCGCAAAAAAGUUGACUUCUUCAGACAAAUCAGAAAUCACUCUCAAAUUUUCUGGGAUUCAUAGUCUUUCCUCUGGUUAUCUCUAAGUCCACAAAUAUACAAUAAAUGUUAACAAAUAUAUUUAC